AUGGGCCCCGGUCCCAGCUCCGUCAACCCCCGGGUGCUGAAGGCCAUGACCCUGCCCAUCCUGGGCCACCUGGACCCCCAGUUCUUCAAGGUUAUGGACGAAGUCUGCGAGAUGCUGCGGGAGGUCCUUCAUACCCAGAACCACAUUACCGUCCCCCUCUCGUCCACCGGCACCGGCGCCAUGGAGGCGGCCUGCGCCAACAUGCUGGAGCGGGGCGAUAAGAUGAUCGUCUGCCGAAACGGCUUUUUCGGCGACCGCCUGGGCGACAUCGCCGAACGGUGCGGUGCGGAAACCUUCAUAUUGGACUUCGUUUGGGGUGAACCCGUCGACCUCCAGGUCCUGUCCGAUGCCCUGGAUCAGUAUGGGCCGGUCAAGGCAGUGGGAGUGGUCCACGCCGAGACUUCCACCGGGGUACUGACGCCCAUGCCCGACAUCGUCGAACUGGCGCACCGCCACGGAGCCCUGGUAAUCGCAGACGCCGUUACCUCCCUGGGCGGCCACGAUGUGCGCAUGGACGACUGGGACAUAGACGUCUGCUACAGCGCCACCCAGAAGUGCCUGGGCGCCCCUCCGGGCCUGGCCCCCAUCAGCUUCGGACCUCGGGCCAUGGAGGUCAUCAACAACCGCCCCAGCAAGGUGCAGAGCUUCUACUUCAACCUGAAGGGCCUCGAAAGCUACUGGAACCAGACCCGCGCCUAUCAUCACACCUCUCCUAUCUCAAUGACUUACGCCCUGCGAGAAUCGCUGCGGAUGAUGAUGGAAGAGGGGAUAGACAACCGCAUCCGCCGCCACGCCAGGGUAGCCGGGGCGCUGCGGGCCGGUUUGGAAGCUAUGGGAAUUGACCUGAUGGCCCCGGAAGGCUACCGCAUAAAUCCGCUGACCACCGCCCUGAUUCCCGAGGGCAUUGAAGAUACGGCGGUAAGGGGAAGACUGCUGAGCGACUUCGACAUCGAGAUCGGCGGCGGCCUGGGGCAAGUCCGAGGCAAGGCCUGGCGAAUCGGCCUGAUGGGCGAAUCGGCCAAGGAGUCCAACGUCUUCGCCCUGUUGUCAGCCUUGGAACAAAUCCUGCCCGACUUCGGCUACGAGGUAGCCUCCGGCGCCAGCCUGUCCGCCGCACAGCGCGCCCUGGUCAGCUACGAUGAUGGCGGGGUGCUGCCGUAG